CGCUGUGGCCGCUGCUACUGCCGCCGCCGCCGCUGCCGCCGCCCAGGACUCAGAACGCCGCGUGGAGCCAUGGCUUCGGCCCCCGCGGAGGCGGAAACCCGGCAGAGGCUGCUGCGCACAGUCAAGAAGGAGGUGAAGCAGAUCAUGGAGGAAGCUGUCACACGCAAGUUUGUCCACGAGGACAGCAGCCACAUCAUCUCCUUCUGUGCUGCUGUGGAGGCCUGUGUCCUACAUGGGCUUCGGCGGCGGGCAGCUGGCUUUCUGCGCAGCAACAAGAUCGCGGCUCUCUUCAUGAAAGUGGGCAAGAGCUUCCCGCCAGCUGAGGAGCUGAGUCGCAAGGUCCAGGACCUGGAGCAGCUUAUCGAGAACACGAGAAACCAGAUCCAGGGCCUCCAGGAGAAUGUGCGGAAGUUGCCGAAACUGCCCAACCUAUCCCCACUCGCCAUCAAGCACCUGUGGAUCCGCACCGCCUUGUUUGAGAAAGUACUGGACAAAAUUGUUCAUUACCUGGUGGAAAACAGCAGUAAAUACUACGAGAAGGAAGCUCUCUUGAUGGACCCUGUGGAUGGCCCCAUCCUUGCAUCUUUAUUGGUGGGGCCCUGUGCCCUUGAGUACACCAAGAUGAAGACUGCAGAUCACUUCUGGACCGAUCCUUCAGCCGAUGAGCUAGUCCAGAGGCACCGCAUACACAGCUCGCGCCUGCGGCAGGACUCACCCACUAAGAGGCCAGCCCUCUGUAUUCAGAAGAGGCACUCGAGUGGCAGCAUGGAUGACCGGCCAUCCCUCUCUGCCCGCGACUAUGUGGAGUCUCUGCACCAGAACUCCCGUGCCACCCUGCUCUAUGGCAAGAACAAUGUUCUGGUUCAGCCGAGGGAUGAUAUGGAGUCUGUGCCGGGGUACCUGUCCCUGCACCAGACUGCUGACGUCAUGACCUUGAAGUGGACGCCCAACCAGCUGAUGAAUGGAUCCGUGGGGGACCUGGACUAUGAGAAGAGCGUCUACUGGGACUAUGCCAUGACCAUCCGCUUGGAGGAGAUUGUCUACCUACACUGCCACCAGCAAGUCGACAGCGGUGGGACGGUGGUGCUGGUCAGCCAGGAUGGGAUCCAGAGGCCACCCUUCCGCUUCCCCAAGGGUGGGCACCUCCUGCAGUUUCUCUCGUGCCUAGAGAACGGGCUGCUCCCGCACGGGCAGCUGGACCCACCGCUGUGGUCCCAGCGUGAGAAGGGCAAAGUGUUCCCUAAGCUGCGCAAGCGAAGCCCUCAAGGUUCUGCUGAGUCCACAUCUUCAGACAAGGAAGAUGAUGAGGCCACAGAUUAUGUGUUCCGGAUCAUCUAUCCUGGCAUGCAGUCUGAAUUUGUUGCCCCGGACCUCUUGGGCAGCACCUCCACUGUCUCCGUGGGCCCUGCCUGGAUGAUGGUUCCUGUAGGCCAGUCUAUGCUGGUGAUGGCCAGGGGGAGUCGGUGGGCACGAGCCAGAUGGGAUGCCACCCUCCCCACACCAGGCCUGAAGGAGCAGCCCCCCAUGCCCCAGGAUCUGAUGGAAGUCUCAGUAAGCAACCUCCCAUCCCUGUGGCAACCCAGCCCCCGGAAAUCCUCCUGUUCAUCCUGUUCACAGAGUGGCUCAGCUGAAGGCAGUUCAACCAAUGGCUGCAACCAUGAAAGGGCUCCCCUGAAACUUCUCUGUGACAACAUGAAGUACCAGAUCCUUUCCAGAGCCUUCUAUGGAUGGCUUGCCUACUGCAGACACUUGUCCACGGUGAGGACCCACCUGUCAGCCCUGGUCAAUCACAUGAUCGUGUCUCCAGACUUGCCCUAUGAUGCUGGACAGGGGCUGACGGCCGGGAUUUGGGAGCAGUACCUUCAGGACAGCACAAGUUACGAACAGCAGGAGUUGCUGCGUCUCAUUUACUAUGGGGGCAUCCAGCCGGAGAUCCGCAAGGCUGUGUGGCCCUUUCUCCUGGGCCACUACCAGUUCGGGAUGACAGAAACAGAAAGAAAGGAGGUGGACGAGCAGAUUCAUGCCUGCUACGCACAGACCAUGGCCGAGUGGCUGGGCUGCGAGGCAAUCGUGCGGCAGAGGGAGCGGGAGUCACAUGCUGCAGCCCUGGCCAAAUGCUCCUCUGGAGCCAGCCUAGACAGCCACCUGCACCGGAUGAUGCACAGAGACUCCACCAUCAGCAAUGAGUCCUCCCAGAGCUGCAGCUCCGGCCACCAGAACAUCCGCCUGCACAGUGACUCCAGCAGCAGUACACAGGUGUUUGAGUCUGUCGAUGAGGUGGAGCAGGUGGAGACUGAAGGCAGGUUGGAAGGGAAACAGCCCAAGAUCCCAAAUGGAAACCUGGUGAACGGCACUUGUUCCCCAGACUCUGGGCAUCCCUCCUCCCACAACUUCUCCUCGGGCCUCUCAGAGCACUCAGAGCCCAGUCUGAGCACAGAAGACAGUGUCCUGGAUGCCCAGCGGAAUGUCCCCCCAGUGCUGCAACCCAGGGACAGCAGCAUGGAUGACAGGCAGAGCAGUGAGGCCACCACUUCCCAGGACGAGGCUCGUGAGGAGCUGGCUGUGCAGGACAGCCUGGAGAGUGACCUCCUUGCCAACGAGAGCAUGGACGAGUUCGUGUCCAUCACUGGCAGCAUGGAUGUGGCCCUGCCUGAAAAGGAUGCUGUGAUGGAGGGCUGGCGGGGCAGCGAGGGCGAGAAACGUAGCCAGGUGGACAGUGAGGACAACCUCUCGGAGGAGCCUGAGAUGGAAAGCCUCUUCCCUGCCCUGGCUUCUCUGGCCGUGACCACUUCUGCCAACAAUGAGGUGUCCCCUGUGUCAUCCAGUGGCGUCACCUACUCUCCGGAGCUGCUAGACUUAUACACAGUGAAUCUGCAUCGCAUCGAGAAGGAUGUGCAGAGGUGCGACCGCAACUACUGGUACUUCACACCUGCCAACUUGGAGAAGCUGCGCAACAUCAUGUGCAGCUACAUCUGGCAGCACAUUGAAAUCGGCUAUGUCCAGGGCAUGUGUGACCUUCUGGCUCCACUGCUGGUCAUUCUGGAUGAUGAAGCCCUCGCCUUCAGCUGCUUCACAGAGCUCAUGAAAAGGAUGAACCAGAACUUCCCCCACGGAGGUGCCAUGGACACGCACUUUGCAAACAUGAGGUCACUGAUCCAGAUCCUGGACUCAGAGCUAUUUGAGCUGAUGCAUCAGAACGGGGACUACACUCACUUUUACUUCUGCUAUCGCUGGUUCCUGCUGGAUUUUAAGCGAGAACUCAUUUACGAUGAUGUCUUCUCUGUCUGGGAGACUAUCUGGGCAGCCAAACAUGUCUCAUCCGCCCAUUAUGUCCUCUUCAUCGCACUGGCUCUGGUGGAAGUCUACCGAGACAUCAUUUUGGAAAACAACAUGGAUUUCACAGAUAUCAUCAAAUUCUUUAAUGAAAUGGCCGAGCGACACAACACCAAGCAAGUCCUGAAGCUGGCCCGGGACCUCGUGUACAAGGUUCAGACUCUGAUUGAGAACAAGUGAGGGGCACCUCACCCAAGCAGUGCCAGCGAGCCGCCCCCUGCCCGUCCUCUGCCCUCUUUACUUCCCUGCCGGAGGGCUAUCCCUGAAGCCAGGGCCUGUUCAAGUGCACUGACUUCUGUGCGAGAGAAACUAUCCUGACUUUGGUUGCUGGGCGGAGUGGGGUCAAGGGGGUGUCCCUUAGUUCAGCCUUAUACGUUCUGCUGUUUGACCAAAGAUUGCCUGCAAAUGUCUUGGCAUUUCUCCCUUGUGGGAGCUGGGGGUUGUUGGUGCCGUUUCUGGAUUCCAAAAGGAUGUCCUUUUCUUUCUCCAUCCUUCCAAGCUGUCUGGUCAGAUGAGACUUUGGGAUGGAAUUUUUGUUUUGAAAUUAGUGUAGAAGAAGUCUAUGGGACCAUCUCUGCACUCUGAAAGGGGCCUUGGGAAAUGUUCCAGAACAUGGCCACAGACUGGCUCUGAGCAGGGUCUCUCCCCGGCAGUAUUACUGACAUUUGGGGCAGGUGAUUAUUUUGAGGGGGACUUUCCUGUGUAUUGUAGGAUGUUGAGCAGCCCCCCUGACCUCUACCUACAAGAUGCCAGUUGCACCAUCCCCUAUCCCUACCCCUGGUUGUAACAACAACAAAAAAAUGUCUCUAGACAUUGCCAGAUGUCCCCUGCAGGGCACAGUUGCCCCUAUUUGAGAACCACUGACUUAGAGGAAGGCUACAAAUGUACCUUCCUCCCCACUGUCUUUGGGACCUGCACAAAGAGGUCAAGGCAGAAUCCACAUCCUGCUGCCUUUGUCCAAGGGAGGGCCUCACCUCUUCUUCUACAUACUGAGUCUCAGAAAGGCAUUUGUUUGGUGAAAGCUUCUUGAUCAAGAAGGCCGGCUUUUCUCUAAGCUUACUCAGGACAAAGAAGGAAAAGGCAGGCAGAGGUCAGCCAGGGUAGAGUGUGGUAUGUUUUCCUUAGGAAACACCUGCUGAGGAACUGGGGCCAGGGCAUGGCUAAAUCUGGGAACAGCCAUCUCCACAUCUUCAGAGAGUCACCAAUCCAAAAACAGGCUGCACAUGAACUAGUUUACUCUUUCUGCCUGCCUCUCCCUUUAAGAGAGCAGUCUAGACAAUUCCUCUGUUCUGAGAAUGGACCCAGAAUGGGAGGAAACAGUGAACACCAGGGGGGAGGGUCUUUCCCAAUAGACCUGCUCCCUCUAGGGUGCUGAAAGAACGUCAGGUAGGACUUUGGAGAGGGGAUGAGAUA